GAGGGAAGUGCGGAUGCAGCGGAGCGUUGAGAGGAGGAGGAGGAGGAGGAGGACAAGUGCCGCGCAGUACCUUCGGCGUCGGAAGCGGUGAUACGUGCCUCUCACUUUAUCACCAGCUCGCCGCAAAGUCAGCGAAGAGGGGCUCCUGCGGCGGCCGCGGGACGAGACGGCUCAAGACAUAUUCUCACCCCGGAGGAGUGCCUCCCCCCCCCUCCCCCCUCACUCCUCGCCUCACCUCACCUCACCUUGCCCGACGGACGUCUCUGAUUUGACGGGAAGCCACUUGACGGACUUGGAGCGGAGCUGUGGCCGGAGGCGACGCGGAGCUCAACACACUGAGCCGGGGAGACCGCGGCUGCGUCCACCAUGGAGGUCGGCACUACUUGGAGGAAACUUCCUCUGCUCUCGCUCACCUUGCUGUGGGGGCUCUCAGGCAUCUGGGCCAAGAUCGAGAUGCCCCAACAGAGCAUGGAAGUGGUCGAGGGUCAGAUGGUGGUGCUGAGGGCCACGUACAGCUCGGUGCCCGGCAACGACCUGAGCACCAACACCAUCGUCUGGAACUUUGUCUCCAACAGCACACAGCUGAUCAUCUCCUACACCAAAGACUCCAUGAGCGUGGGCAGCUCCCAGUUUAAGGGCCGCGUGGGCUUCUCCUCCAGCAUGCCCUCCCGCAGCGUGUCCCUGUACAUCAACAACACCCAGGAGUCGGACUCGGGACGCUACCUCUGCCAGGUCAUCAUGCCCGGUAAUCCCGGCUUCACUUCUGAGCUCCGCCUGGACGUGAAGGUCCCUCCCGGGGUUCCCAAGUGCUCUCUGUCAGGGAAGCCGGUGCUGAAGGGGAACGUGACUCUGAGCUGCGAAACCAGCGCCGGGAAACCCGUCCCUCUGUACAAGUGGAAGAAAACCAGUCCCACUUCGGAGGUCUUCUUCUCUCCCAUGCUCAACGAGAAGACCGGCACUCUGAAGCUGAGCAACCUGAGCAGCAACAUGUCGGGGAAGUACGUGUGCGCGGCCAGCAACUCAGCGGGAUCCGAGAGCUGCUUCAUCAACCUGGAGAUCGUCAGCUCCACCAAUGUGGGGAUGAUCGUCGGCGCCACAUUGGGCGCUGCGGUUGGCUUGAUCGUCCUCAUCCUCCUCCUCGUCUGCCUCGUUUUCCUGUUGAAGAGGCGGAGAGACAACGAGGACGACAUGGCCAACGAAAUCAAGGAGGACGCUCAGGCUCCCAAGCGUGUGUCCUGGGCGAAGAGCGGCAUGGGUUCAGACAUCAUCUCCAAGAACGGCACCCUGUCCUCCAUCGCCUCCAGCCCGCACCACAGAGAGCCGUCCCACGACCACGACCACCACCACCUGCAUCAGUACCCCCAGCGCGCGCCCUCAGACACCGCCUCCAUCAUCACCGCCACGGGCAGCAUGGCCGGCUACCGGCCGCCCCACCACCACGGGGCCUCCACCCCCACCCACUACGGCGACAACAACAGCGCCGCCGCCACGCUGCCGCGCGGACAGGCCGCCUCCUCCGAGGGCGGCGCCAACGGGAGCGCCCUGGCCGGGCCGGAGCGCUACACCCAGCUGCCCCAGGCCCAGCUGCAGCACCAGGCCACGCCCUCCCCGCCGCCGCUGCCCACCUCCACGGUCACGGCCUCCAACAUCGUCCGCAUGGGAGGGGUGCCCAUCAUGGUGCCUGCGCAGAACCAGGCCGGAUCUCUGGUCUAACGCCUGCUGCGCUGGCCCAACAGCUGUCCACCAACCAAACAGUCCCAGAGGGUCAGCUGCUCUCAGCAGAAUUACAGUCCGGACACAACGUCCAGCUCGCUGCGAGAAGCUCAGCGAGACGUUCAGACACAGACUGUUUCCUCGCUUUAAGUAUACUCAAUUCUUUUAUAGUGUGUAUGCACCGCAUACAUUGCAAUGUAUAUAAUAUAUAAUUGUCAUACAUACAUUUGUUCAGUAUCUUAUUUUCUACCUUAUCAAUGCAUUUCUAUUUUAUUUGUGGUAUUUCUUGUUCUUCAAAUGUUGCUUUUUAAAGUGCAUAUGUAUUUACUAAUUCCACCAAGUGAACAGCAGGGGGACCGUCCCCUCAUGGGGGAACGUUCGGAUGUGAUGAAGAGGGGGAUGCAGAUACUUCAAAACCACCGACACGAGGAAUAUUCCAGACCAAAUGGGUUGAAGCUCACUGUAUGUUGCUGGUGAAGAACUGGGUGAGAAAUAUGACGAUGUUUGUUUUUAUUGAGAAUAUUUCUGCAGCAGAAAGAAAGACAAAACAGCAUUAUAGAUAUGAUCAUGUUUGGCAUUGCAAAGUAUUUUAAUCCUUCUUGUUUUGGCUUUAUUUCUGUCGGUUGUUCAUCUUAUAAAAUGCUCUCAGACGCGUUUCUUUAAACACAGAUUAGCAGAAGCUUCUUAUAAUAUUGAGCACUCUUCAGAACUGCAGUGGGGUGACUUUUCUAAAAACACAAGUCCACACUAUUUUUAAAGUUGCCUGCCAAAUUGAAAUUGUAAAUAUGAUAUUUAUUUUUUGAUAGAUGUGGAGCUUAUUGUUGGCCACAGCCGGCAUGGAGCGUAUAACAGAGGUCACAUGUUACGCUGAACCAAAGACAGACGGUGGGACGUCUCAUUAGAGAGUUCACGAGGUCAGAGACGGACCUCCUCAUGACACCGAGAUAAUCUGAGAGUUUAAGACUCUCUGAUCUGCACCGGGAGAAGAUGGAGGAGUCGGCGUUCCUCCAAAGGGGAACGUUACAGGUGGAGGUGGUGAAAAGAAAAAGAAACAUUCUCGUUCAUAGACAUCAUAAUAAAACUUUCCCAGUUGAUCAUUUACAGAAAAUGACCGUAAACAGACAUACAUUAAAUGUUUUGGCCACGCUUUUAGUAAUAAAAUGUGAAAUAAAUCAGACUAUAAAUGACAUGAACAAACCCCUCCGUAAAAACCCUCAGAAUACCGAGAGGAAUGAAACGUCAGAGGUGCUGAAGUGAGAUUUAUAGAUCAGAGUUAUUGAGUUAUUGAUGUUUAUUAAAUUACAAUAUGAAGACUACAGCUAAAUAUGGUCAAAUAUAUACUUCUCCAGUUGAUUACUGAAAUUAAGACACAGAGUUUUCUAUGAUUAUGUUACAAUGUAAAAAUUAUAAAUCUACAGACACAAAGAGACAAAGUCGUGAAGAGAAAGUGUCUUUAGGAUGAUUUAUUUCCUCUAGUCUCUCCAUCAACCCGUACAUGACAAAUUUGUAAAGAACUCAGCAUAUACUCAAAGAUAUGUUUGCUUAAUAUGAUCGAACCAAAUAAUAACUGAGUUUUAGCAACAGAGCUGUAGUUUCUAUUGAAAAAUAAAUAGAAAAUAGUUGAUGUAUUGCGCUGCUCUUUGCUCAGUCAGCACUUCUGAAUGGGAACAGCUGUUCGCUCCUGACACACAGGAGACAGCGUCACUCAGGAUGAGUUGAGACUCCUUGUCUCAGAGUCGUUGAUGCUGAAGGUCCCUGAACGCAACAUCAACGUUUAACAAGUUUGGCAACAAUACGCAGGCAUCCAAGAGAUAUCUUUAACCGUGGCUUUGAUAUUUGUUCUUAUUCUGAGCGCAUUAAUGUCCCACCAAUGGCUGAUGAACUAUCAGGUGUCUGCUGAUCGAGACCAUGCUGUCUAUUCUGCUGGAUGUCGUUACACUGGAGCCGGCGUGGAAUAAUCCUCAAAGGAGUCAUUUGAAACGUGAUGGUUGUUCGAGCGUCUUUUUGACAGGACGAUUCCAGUCAGUCUUGUUUGCAUUGUUUUAUUUAUGCAUUAAAACAACAGACGGAGUUCACGUGGGAAGCUGGCCGUGGGGAGGAAAUCAGUUUCUACAUUAUGUCGACAUGAUGAACGUUAAAAUGUAUUCAAGAAAUGCCUUUAUUUUUAUAUCGUGAUGAUGUGUAAGAGCAUGUGAGCUGCAGGCCGUGAUGGAUUGUACAACAGCAGGACAUGGAUGUGCACUUGUAUCCUCCAUAUUUAUGUUCAUGGAAAAUGCUUUGUAUGACAUUUUCAAUUAAAAGAGAAAUGAUGAA